AUCGCUCCUAUUGGUCGGUUCUCUGCGUAUGACGUCAUUUUAUCCCGCCUCUUCACUUCCGGGUUUUCUCGGCGUGCUCACCCGGCUGUCAGUACCCCAAAAAAGUGCAACGUUAGUCGUGUACUUCGUGAGUCUAAAGUUCCGGAGUGCACCCUGGAAGUAUUACAGCACCUUGUUGUUUUCAGUCAAACUGUACGUGCUAACGUUAGCAGCUAACGGUUAGCUCGCUAACAACUUGUGAGCACCGGAAGUUGUGUCUCGGCCCGGAUGUCCGGAGGCCGGUCAGGCGAUGGGUUCGGUCCGCUGGGCUUUCCGCUGCGGGUCCUGGACGCCGACCCGGUCCGACUGGCUGUUCGCGGCUCGCUGCGUUCAGCGCGAGGAGGAGGAGCGGAUCCGACAGUUCGUGUUCGCGAAGGACGCGAAGUCCGCCAUGGCCGGCAGGUUGCUGCUGAGGAAGCUGGUGUGUGAGCGGAUGGGCGUCCCCUGGUCUGAGAUCAGAUUGGAGCGAUCCCCCAGAGGGAAGCCGUACCUGGCCGCACCGCUCGAGCUCCGGCCAGAUUCAGGCCCUGAAGCCCCGGCCUGGAGUUUCAACGUGUCCCACCAGGGGGAGUACGCGGUGCUGGCUGCACAGCAGGGGGUGCAGGUGGGCGUGGACGUCAUGAAGACCACCAUGCCAGGCAGCAGCUCCGUGCCAGAGUUUUUCCGCAUCAUGACUCGUCAGUUCACGGCGUAUGAGUGGAGCGUCAUCCAAUCAGGAGGCUCGGAGCAGCAGCAGCUCGCCGCGUUCUACCGCCACUGGGCCCUGAAGGAGAGCUUCAUCAAGGCCCUGGGGACGGGUUUGACCUUUGACCUCCAGCGGCUGGAGUUCCACGUGUCCUCGGAGCCGCUCGCUCGGGAGCGCGCGCAGCGCCGGACCAUGAUGCACCUGGACGGGGAGGAGGACGCCGACUGGGCGUUCGAGGAGAGUCUUCUGGACCCUGCCCACCAGGUCUCCGUGGCUCUGGGCCCAGCCUCCUCCUCACCUCCUCCUCUUCCUCCUCCUCUUCCUCCUCCUCCUCCCGCCUGCUUCACGCUGCUGUCGUUCGGUGACCUCAUCGCGUCGGCCUCUCCGCUGACGGAGGAGGACCCGGCCUGCUGGGACGGCUUCAGGGGGAAGGCCGACGCCCCCCUGAGACACAGGGACACACACACACAUAACACACACACACAGGCACAUGACACACACACACAUGACACAUAACACACACAGGCACAUGACACACACAUCCACAUAACACACACAUGACACACACGCACAUCCACAAGACACACACAUACACAUAACACACACAUCCACAUAACAUAAACACACAUGACACACACGCACAUCCACAAUACACACACA